AUGGGGUUUUCAGACCAUAAAUCAUCUCAUUGGUCUGUCGAUUUAAAAAGGCGUGAAUCAAACUGGCAAAGAUGUCUAAUAACUUCAUGUUCUAAAGUUCGUAAACGCUUAUUUGCUACAAUUCAAAUAUUGAAUGAUUCCACAUUUAUUGUUUUGAGAAAUGUUGAUGAAAUGAAAAUUACUCGAGUGAUUGAUAAUCUUGUGGAUGCAAAACAAGUUGAAUGGUCACAUUCUCCAAACAUUUUAAUUGUUUUAUGUGCUUCUGGAUUAGUUGCUUUUAAUUGCAAAAAAGAAAAUCAACUAAACCCUCUUUGGAUUAUUAAACAACCCAAUUUUGUUGAUUUAGGCUCUAGUCGUUCUUUCACAUUUACACAUAAUGGACAAGAAGUUUAUCUUUUAAACCCUGAGGAUGGAACUAAAAAUAAUUUUAUGGAAGAAAUUCGGUUUAGUCAACCACAAAAGAGGAUAAUUGCUCUACAAAAACAUUCAAAAGAUAAGAGAAUAUGUAACAACAUUUAUUUUUGUGGAAUUAAUGAUCAGGGUUCUUUCACACUUAUUUCACCAAAAUUGCCUUCUAUUGAAGAAAAGAAUUCAAUUCAAAUGGAAGAAGAGAAUUGCAAUAAUAUUAUUAACAAAAAUUCAAACAAAAAAAUAAAGUCAGAAAAACAGACAGCAUUCUCUCGAUUAGUUGAAAUAGAUGAAGAAAAGAAGAUUGAAAAGAAGAAAAGAAAAAAUAAAAAGAAUGAAGAAAAUGAGGAAGAAGAAGAUAAAUCUUUAAAGAAGCCUCGAUAUUUAUUAAAACAAGUUUCUAUCAAAAAAAUUAUUGAUGGCCCAGCAUAUACUCUACCUUCAAUUUCGGUGUUGGCACAGCGGUUUGUUCAAGCUUGUCUGGUAAGGAGACGGUCUUAA